GAGGAGCGGUGCGACAUGUGUUUUCUUCAGAUGCGCCUUUUGGAGUGCGGACCGCGUGAGGCGCGCACCGACGUCGUUCCAAAGUUUGUGGAUUUUCCGUGGAUUUUGGAGGGAGAUUAAACUGCACCUUUGUCAGGAUACGGCUCAUUUUGGGGAAUAUAAUGCUGUCCGUCUGCGAGAGAAACAUGCUCUUCAGAGUACUGGCAUUUAUUCUACUGCAAGGUGCUUUGGCAUCCCCAGCUUUGGUCAAACCUGAGAUCAUCCCAGGAGGACUCCCAGACUCGCAGGCGCUGGGGGGAUCCGCGGGUUCACCGCUGUCCGACGCACCAGGGAGCAAAUCCAGGCAAAAACGGUGCACCUGCUAUUCCUACAAGGAUAAAGAGUGCGUCUACUACUGCCACUUGGAUAUCAUCUGGAUCAACACUCCAGAGCGCACUGUGCCCUAUGGAAUGUCGAGCUACAUAGGACCCCAGCGAAACAGACGUGCUGCUGAGCUGCAACCAUCUGAACAUAAAGGGGCACAGAGAUCUCGCUGCACAUGCGCCGUGCCUGAUUCAGACGCCGGAUGCCGGGAUUUCUGUCAGUCGGGCCCCCUGCAGACUCUGCCGGUCAGGAGUCUCCACAGAGUCCCUGGCCUGGGAUGA